ACCUAACACCUCAAAAUCCAAGUCUUUAUCUUUCUCUCUCUAAAAAAAAACAAAAAACAGAGUAUAGAGAGAGAGAGAAGAACGAUGGCGACACAGCUGCCGGACGAUUUCAAAUGUCCGAUUUCUCUUGAGAUAAUGUCCGACCCUGUAAUCCUCUCAUCUGGUCAUACCUAUGAUCGCUCCUCCAUCCAACGUUGGCUUGACGCCGGUCACCGGACUUGCCCUAUUACCAAAUUACCCCUCUCAGACCCUCCUUCCCUCAUCCCAAACCAUGCUCUCAGGAGCCUAAUUUACAAUCAUACCCCUCUAUCUCCUCUCCACACCACGCCGUCUUCGUCUUCGUCUUCCUCGUCGUCGUCUCAUCCUAAUCCACAAACGAUGGUCUCCUCACUCACAUCUCAAUCUUCUUCUCUCGAGUACAAACUCAAAUCCCUCGAUCAACUCACCCGUCUCUCCAAACGCGACUUAUCACUUCGCCGAAGGUUGACCGAGUCAGGGGCUGUUUCCUCCGUUCUAAUCUGUGUAGGUUCGGAUAACCCUCUUCUUCAAGAAAAGGCCUUAACUUUACUGCUGAAUUUGAGUCUUGAUGAUGAUAACAAGGUGGGUUUGGUAGCGGAGGGAGCAAUAGGUCGCGUUGUAUCCGUCCUAUGCGACGGAGGUGGCUCUCCGGAUAGCAGAGCCGUAGCCGCUACGGUGUUGACGAGCUUAGCUGUUGUGGAGGUAAAUAAGGCGACAAUUGGAACAUACCCUUGUGCAAUUCAAGCUCUGACUUUGCUCUUGAGAGAUGGGAAUGGUCGAGAAAGGAAAGAAGCUACAACGGCUCUAUAUACUCUGUGUUCGUUUCCGGAUAACAGGAGACGAGCGGUUGAAAAGGGGGCGGUUCCGAUUUUGAUCGGUAUAGCUGAAUCAGGGAUAGAAAGAGCGAUUGAAGUAUUGGGUUUGUUGGCUAAGUGUAAGGAAGGGAGGGAAGAGAUGAUAAAUGUUUAUUACAAUGAAUGCUUUGGUGUGAUUGUGAAAGUGAUGAGAAACGGUAGUAGUAAUAAUAAUAGUAGCUCGAGAGGGAUCCAAUACGCCCUUCUGACGUUGAGUUCCCUGUGCAGUUACAGUAAAGAUGUGUGCUUGGAGGUUGUAAGAGAAGGGGUGUUUGAAAUAAUUGUUGGAUUUCUUGAAGAUGAUAAUGAUAAGGUUAGAAGAAACGCAGCAAGUUUGAUUCAAAUUCUUAGAGGAAAGCUUUCAAUUGGAUGAAUGAUCAUUGAUAUUGAUGGUGAUGAAAAAAGACAGUUGGUUCCUUUUACUUAAAAUGAUGUAUAUAUGAUCUCUGUUUGUGUGUUAUGAGAGUGGAUAAGGUUUGUUUUGGAUUCAUCGUACCAAAAAUGCUGUUGGUUUUGGCAUAUGUGGUCCGCCUCUUUCCAAUGUCUCUCAUUUCAUGUGAAGUAGAUAAAUAAAAAUGCAGUUGUUGUUUUG